UGUCAUAAUAUUUCUAGUCGCGGUUAUCGUUGCAUAGAUGGUGGAUGGUAGAUUCGUUUCAUCCUAAAGCAUGUGAACUGUUGCGUUUUCUUUGCCUAAAAAGACACAAAUAUUUUAUUUCCGUUUGGAUUCAUUUUGCAGUAUUGCUUGACAGAUAUCAACAAACACUGGGACCCGGGCAGUUGGACGGCAGCGAACCCCAUCGGCGGCUCUGGAUAAUGGCGGACGUGGUGCUGUACUGAUUAACCAUUAAGGUAAAGAGACAAUGCCCACGUCCUCCGUCACUUAUCACUUAUCUGAACAACUGCAGCGGAAAGGUUUUUGUUUCGGACAUCUACUUAUGCAAAAUGCUUUGUGAUUAUAUCCAAAACCUUCUGAAUGCAUCUCCAUAUUCUGUACUCAUUACAGCAAUAAUUAUCCUAUUGACUUUCAUUUACUAUAUUACAAGAGACUGGGGACUGCCUCCAGGACCCACUGGAGUACCUUUGUUGGGAGUUUAUCCAUUUCUGAAGGAGGACAAUUUACGUCUCAAGUUAGAAGACUACAAAAAGAAGUAUGGAGACCUCUUUUGCUUCAGAGUGUGUGGUCAACUGUUCAUCAAUUUGGGAAGUCUGAAGCUCCUACGAGAAGCCCAUGUUUCUAAGUCUGAAUAUUUUAAUGCCAGAUUUACUGAUUUCAGUCUGGUGAAUACCAUAUUCGAUGGCGGUCUCAUUUUUUUGAACGGCGAGUCAUGGAAAGUUCUCCGAAAAUUCUUUCUUAACAUUUUUAAAGACAUCGGUAUAACUUCUAUGAAAGGUAACAUGGCAGGACCCAUUUACGAUAAUAUUAACUCGUUUAUAGACGACCUGCGUAAUCGAAACGGUGAGCCAUUUGAUGUCAUGGAACAACUAAAUGACAAGUGCAUGAGCACCGUGCGUAUGACGUUUUUGGGAGAAGAUGGCAUCACAGACGACGAGUUGCGAAACGUAAUAGAAGCAUAUUCUGGAUCACUGGACGCCAUUGGAGGAACUGGAAUGCUUCUUUUUGGGAAAAUAGUAAGGUAUUUGAUCCUUCCUUUCAACUCUAGAUGUCGCACGGUAAUUUCCUGCCAGAAACGUAUGGAAGAUAUCUUCUCUAACGUAAUAGAUCGACAUGAGAACACUCUUGAUGAAAAUCACCCUCGAAACAUAAUCGAUGUCUAUCUGAAAGAGAGGAAUGAGCGAAAACGAAAAGGAGAUCCUACAGCUGAAUAUUUCACAAAAAAAGCUCUAAAUGGCUCACUUGCUCAAUUCAUUGGAGAUGGUCACCUAGCUGUUGUUGGUUUCGUUGGACUGAUUUCCCUUCAUUUGAUGAAACAUCCAGAAGAACAAGAAAAAAUAUACAAAGAAAUAUUGGAAGUCAUCGGCACGGAUAGGCAACCAAGCAUAGAAGAUAAAAGCAAUCUACCCUAUACCAACGCGUUCAUAUAUGAAGCUUUAAGAUCAUCUGACUUCUUUCCCUUUUUCCCUAGCCUUCUGUGCACAAUGGAAGCUAACUUGAGAGGCUAUAGAAUUCCCAAAGAAUCGAUAACUUUGGUCAAUUUUUAUUCCGCCCACCAUGAUCCUGAAUGUUACGAAGAUCCAUUUAAAUUCGAUCCUUCUAGAUACUUAUCGUCUGCAGGUAAAACAAGGGCAGAACUUCCAGUUUCAUUUGGAACAGGCAAACGUUCUUGUUUGGGAGAAGCUUACACUAUGAGUCAAGUUUUCCUUUUCCUUACAAAUGUCGUCCAAAACUUUCGCCUGACUUUUCCCGAAGGGGAAGAGUAUUCUACAACUGCAUUCGCAAUGAAGUUGAAAAUCAGCGCAGUUUCUCGAUAACUAACUGAAGAAACAAAGCUCUAGCCAAGUAUACUGAAAAAUACUUAUUAUUUGCUUCUAGAAGACCUACAUAUUUGUAAUUGUAAUAAAAUAUUUUUAUUUUUUAAUUUUUAUUAUAAAGAUUACGUGUAAAUAUUA